AUGGAGAAACUUCCAGUUCAGGCGAAUCAUUUCAGCUCCUCCAAUGGCUCCAGCGAUAUCUCCCACUUGGCUGGGGGUUAUCAAAAUAUCGACUCCAAAGAGCUGAGGGUUGCCAUCCCGGUGACUUUAGCGGGCAUCUGUUUGGUCGGCUUCGCUGGGAAUUUCCUGGUCUUCGCCGUCCUGAUCAACAACGCCAGAAGGGGCAAAACUUCCAUGAUCAAUUCACUGAUCCUGAACAUGAGCGUGGCGGACCUGCUCAUCAUGCUGUUCUGCGUCCCAUUCCGGGCGGUCGCUUUCUCCAGCUCCAGCUGGAUCCUGGGCUGGUUCAUCUGCAAGUCGGCCGACUGGUUCCUCCAGAGCUGCCUGGCCAGCAAAAGCUUCACCUUGGCUGUGCUGGCCAAAGCUUGCUUCAUGUACGUGACCCAUCCGAACAAACAAGUGCAAAUCCAACACCAGAGGAUCGCCGCUCUGAUCACCACCAUCUGGACACUGGCCUUCAUCCUGCCCAUACCUCACUGGCUCUUUGCGACUGUCAGGCAUGAGGCGGGCAAGGUGAUGUGCAUUUCUGAGACGCCGGGGCGGGCAUCCAGUUUUAUGGCAGUUUUUGCCAAGUUGUACCCUGCCCUGGUUUACUGCCUCCCUGUGAUUUGCACCUUCAUGUACCACUGGAAGGCUUUUCGGAUGUGCAAGCGUCGGGGAAGCAAAACCCAGAACCUGCGGAAUCACAUCAGAGGCAGGAGGCUCACCGUGAUGCUCUUCAGUGUCAGCCUGGCCUCCGCCAUCAUGUGCGCCCCCGGCUGGGUCGCCUGGCUAUGGGUCAGGCACACUGCCAGGGGCGAGCCCUCGCCACCUCCAGCCUUCGCCCUGCUCUCUCAGGUGCUCGUGUUCAGCCUCUCCUCCAUCGACCCGCUCAUCUUCGUGGCCAUGUCCGAAGAAUUCAAGGAAGGUUUCCUGGGGCUCUGGAAGAGGCUCGUCUCCAGCAAGCCCCGAACCUCCGCCGCCCUCCCAGCGGCGCCCAGCCAGCGGCGGCCCAGCAGCACCGACAGCGCCCCUCCGGCCAUCCCCGUCCCGUCUCAGCAGGAGAAGUCUGUCCAGGUACCCGACAGAAACCCCGCCCAGGACAAAGCAGAGAGCCCGACAAAUAAGACUGCUAAUCUGGUCCUGUCCGACAUGGAGCAGUUCUGGCAGGAUAGACAGAACGCGCCCGCCACUGCAGAGGAAGAUCCCAUUCCCUGGGAGCAUCAAAGCGAAUUAGAAGGUCCACCUUGCCCCGAGACUAGUGUAAAAGAUGUGAUCCAGGAGGAUGGUCAGUAG